ACAUUAAACCUGUCUGUUUUAGAUGUGAAGAAAAGUUAAUUCCACUUUUAAGUAAAGCAGUUGUUGCCCAUGCAGAAGAUACAGAGCUGGUGAGAGCUUUCUUUGCUGCUAUGGACUUCGUCCUCAUUAUAGAUUGGGUUUUAACUACUCGUGAGUGCAGAGCUGUGAGGAAAUUACUCAAUCUCUCAGACUCCAAACUCAAACUCACUCUAAAACCACAAGCCAUCCCUCUCAGAGGAGCCAGACUUCUCCUCAGACACAUCACACACCUACAGAAACUCUGCCUGAGUGAGCGUUUGGUAGUGAGGAUGGCCAGAGCAGUGAGAGCCGGUGGGUCAUUCAGGAGCAGUGAGAGCCGGUGGGUCAUUCAGGAGCUCUGUCUGGACUUUAACAUCAAAAACCCAAAGAUCUUCAGAUAUCUGAGCAGUUUGUCAUCCCUCCUGAACCUCUGGACUGUUCACUGUGUGAACCUCACUGAGUACAGGAUGGAGGCUCACUCUCUCCUCAGCCUCAUGUGUCAUCCUGGCCUUUUCAAGAUCAGAUUAUCGAAAUCGACUCUCCAGCAGUUUACUGAUCUGCUGUAUGAAGCUCAGGAUGGAGAACUGACUCGCUUUUUCCUGGAGAAGGUGGGAGGAGACCUGACUUCCUGUUCUCUCAGCUGGGAGGAGCUUAUCUAUCUUCUCCAGCAGCGAGUUUGCUGCAUUAGUGUGAACAUCAGAAAGAACAAAAUCACUCAUAAACACACCAGAGAGAUUCUUCCUCUACUGUCUGAAAUUCAGUUUAAACGAUUGCACCCCAGUGUUCUGCUGUCAUUCAUCAGAGAGAUCUAUGAGACUGUCUCUGCUCACUAUGUGUCCAGUCUGUUAAAGUCAACACACCGCUGUAUUAACCUGAACAAUACAGAUCUGGACUCAUACCACUGUACUGCCCUGUGCUUCACCCUCCAACACUGUACAUCUGUCUCUCUGAGCCUGAUGUGGACCUCCAUACCAGACGGGGGGCUGGUGAAGAUUCUACCUCUGUUCAACAGACUUUCUCAGCUCAGUGUUGACAGGUUUCUGUUGCUCAAGUUACUCCACUGCUGCAGUAUCUCUGAGCUCCAACAGGGGGCAGUAGCAGCUGUAUUCUCUGCUCUGCAGAACAGACUGGACUUCUCCUGUAGCAAUGGUUUGGAUCUGAGCACAGAAACACAGGAUAAAACUCUGCAUCUGAGCACCGAGGACUGCAGAGACAUCAGCACUGCCAUCCAGAAAUCCCAGCAACGUACAGAGCUCAUUCUAGAGGACUGUGAGCUGGAGGACACUGGAGUGGACGUGUUCUUACUCAUUCUACAUACUGUGAGACUACGCUGUAGUAAAUCUUUGUUGCUCCGGUUCCUGGCUCUUCUCCGUGUGGUGAAUCAGUCAGACUGUGUGAUGAAUGCUAUGUCCCUCUCAAAGGCUCUGAAUGGAGAUAUGGACCUCAGCGAGACCCCUCUGGAUCUCGGUGCCUGUAAAUCAUUAGCAUUGUUUCUGGAGUUUUCUGAAGGUCUGUCAGAACUGGACCUCAGUCACUGCAAGCUCACUGAUCAGGGCCUGGAGCUGCUGUUACCACAUCUGCAUAAAGUGGAGGUCCUGGACCUGAGUCACAAUGACAUAGAUGAUUGUUUAGCAGGAAGAAUCUACACAGCUGUUUCCACUAGCAGCAACAUACAGACAGUUCGACUCUUCAACAACAGAAUUACUGAUAAGGAACCUUUCCAAAAAGACAAGCGCUUCGAGAUCUGGUGAUGACUGUUUGGCAAAUAAAAAUACAAAACUUCGGACAGCGAAAUCCAACUUGUAAUCGUAAUGUUACAAAAUGUAUAAAACUUGUCUUGAAUUACAUUGUGUGUGCAUUCUAGUGUAAACAAGCUCAGUGCAUGUGAUACUCUGUGUGCAGUAUAGAACAAACACAAGCUUACACUUGGAGAGUGUUUCUUGGUUUCUUAUAAUCUUUGCAUUCUAAUUACUUUUACUUAUUCUAAUACUGUUUGAUUAUUUGAAUGAGAUUUUUAUUUGUAAUUUUCUUUUAUUUUACUUUAUAUA